GUGGGUUUGGGCUUGGGCUUUAAAUCAAAACGAGGGCAGGGGUGUCUUUCCCCUGAUCUUAUCUUGAUAAUAAUUAGGUUACGGACGAAGCUCGAUUCCUUACUUUUCUUCUGUUCAUGUUCCGUGGUCGGUUUCUCGAAGGGUUUGCCUGAUUGCGAGCUUCCUCUUGUUGCUGAGUCCUCAGAUCAUCGCCCUGGGUGUGUGUUUAAUUUAGGUUACACAAAGAAUGGAUUCCAUGAGGGCUGAUCUGAUUCGGGGUUUGGAAACUAGUCUCCCUACAACUUUCGACAGAGAACAUUUUUUUGCAUUACUUGUUAGUGGGGACGUCGAUGGAGCCGAGGAGUAUCUGUCUGUUUUCACCACACAGGAUUCAAAUUAUUACUCAAACCUCAUGUUCUACUUUGUUAAGAGGCAGAGAUUCUUCAAGUUUCUUGUCGAAGGUGAGAACAUAAAAGCAGGAUUUCUGCUGAUCUUUUCCCGACCUUAUGGGAUGAUGGAAAUGCCAAUACCAGAAACGGACGAGUUUAUCAGUCGUGAUAUCCAACGCAUUGCACAUGAAGGCCUUAAGGAAUGGGAGGAUGCUAGAGAUAACGGAUACACUUUUGAUAUCCUUUCGGUUGCAAAAUCUUUCACGGAUGAGAUGUUUACGAUGAUGAAUCAACUCAUUCCCAUGAACCCAGAUCUGCACAAGAAAGAAGAAGGAGAAGACAUAUCUUCUCAAAUGCACAAGUUACAUUUACACGACAACCAGACAACCAUGCUUGGUGUGGCCGGACCAGCAGCUGUAGCCUUUAACGGUGGAGAGAUUAAUAAGGACAACUGAUUCAAGGACUCUCCCAAGUUGACCAUAUAUAUAUAUGGUUGCUCUACCGUAUGUUCUGUGUACUGUGAAAUUAAAUUGGCGUAUUUGCUUAUUAUAACACAUAAAUAAUUAAGGUUCUUUUGAAUGAGAGUAUUAUGUCCGUGAAAGACACUUUUUGUAUUAGUGAAUCACACAUAUGGGGGACAACAUAAAAUAUUUUCAGGUUCCAAAUUUAGUUACGGAAAGGCAUUUAUCUUUGUAUC